AUGCCUGCGGGUCGAAAAGACCCGUUUAUGAGCUUUGUCCGGCCUUUCAAGCCCAUCGAGCAUUUUCUCCUGGACUAUUAUGUCACAGUCGUCGUUCCCUUUUUGCGCUGUCAGGAAGACAUCUCCAUUUACCAGGAUUCCAUGACCAAGAGGUGGGUGCCAUUCGCAUUGAGAGAAGGAGGACUUCUUGACGCCGUCUUCCUGCUGGCUUGUCGACAUAUGUACCUGAGUCAUCACAACUCGCAGCAACAGCAACAAUUUGUUCAGCUUGCCUGUCAAUACAAGCUCUCAUGCACAAAGUCGUUGAGAGAUGCCAUCUCGAACGAGGUCGUCUUUAGUGACGCCACAGUCGGAACAACCCUGAUGCUAGCAUAUGACGAGCUGGUCGCCUCUGACAUUUCUAUGUAUAAAAAUCAUAUCAAAGCUGCUGUGAGAAUGGUCAACCUAAAUGGAGGACCGCAGACUCUUGGUCUAGAUGGAUUCAUGGAACAUCUCAUCUCGAACCUCUGUGCCAAGCACAAGCUGUAUGAUCAGACUUAG